GACCAUAAAUAACUGGCGAUUGUCCUUGGCUGCAUUUCAUUUCUAACUUUGUUGCUGAGUUGCUGAUCUAUCACACAGUCCUUUAUCAUGCCUGCUAAAGCAGAAGACUAUUUGAAGAAUAAGAAAUGGGUCGAACGUAUCAAUGGAAUGUUCGUACUUAUGGACAAAAACAAGAAUGGCUUCCUUUCCGAGGAGGAUUGGUUCGUGACAGCUGACAAGCUAGCCAAGACAGUCCCAGACCGUCCAGAAGAGCUGGCAAGGGUGAACAAAACCAAACUGGAAUUCUUUGCAGCCCUGGGGGUCAAAAAUGGUCAGCAAGUUGCCAAGGAUCAGUUUGUGGAAGUAAUUGCAGCCUUUGUAGCCAAGCAGAUGGAAGCCCGCUCCCAGGGAAAAGAGACACUCAUUGAAAAAUAUGACAAUGCUGUGUUUGACUUGGUCGAUUACAACCAUGACGGUACCCUCAGUUGGGAGGAAUAUAAAGCUGUGAUGGUCGCUGGAGGAUUUGUCACUGAAGAAUCGGCUCGUAGUGGCUUUGAAACUCUUGAUAAGAAUAAAAAUGGAAAAAUUGAGCGCAAGGAGUACAUUGAGGCUGACGUCAAGUUUUGGUGCAAUCUGGAAGAUUCGGCUGAUGGGCUGUUUGGAGCAGAACUUUAAUUGAACUAAAUCAUGAUUGCAUUCUUUUGCUAUUUCCCUAAUAAUGAAAUAUUGGUAGUUGUUUUUGCUUUAGUGACCACUAUAUGUUGCCAAGUAA